GGCGGGCGGCCAGAAAAGCGCCGCCGCCGCCGCGUUAAAUAGAAAGCAGAGGCGAUGAGCGGGCCCAGAGCGCUGGAGGUGCCGCCCGGGGCAGCCGGGGCUCGCAGCGGAGCCAGGCAGGGGGGGCCCCGCACGGAGGAUGCUCCGGAGGCCGCCCGGGCCAGCACCGAGCGCCCGCCGCCGGGCGCGCAGCCCCCGCGUACGGUGCGCGCUGCGGCCGAAGAAUAGCUGCUGGAAAGCUGCCCUGCCGUAGCCACUGACGCUAUGGAAGACCGCAUCCGCUGGUCUAGGCUGUAGGAUGGUAGCGCACAGCAAGGUGUCAGCAGAUAAUGCAGUUGCAGCAGACCCGAGAUGUCUACUUGACCCUCCGGCACGGGAUCGUUCACAGGCUCGAGGCUACCACGGCCCAGGCCAGCCCAGCACUCUGCAGGCACAGAGCAACACGCACUUCCGAACCUUUCGCUCGCAAGCGGAUUUUAGUAGCAUCACUCGAGCAAGCAGCCUGCUGGAUGCCUGUGGCUUUUACUGGGGACCUCUGACUGUCAGUGCUGCCCACGAGAAGCUGAAGUCUGAGCCCGAGGGCACCUUCCUCAUCAGGGACAGCACGCAGAAGAAUUGUUUCUUUGCCAUCAGUGUUAAGACAGCAACUGGGCCCACCAGCAUCCGGAUAAACUUUCAGACUGGACGCUUCAGCCUGGACGGCAGCAAAGAGACUUUUGACUGUCUUUUCAAGCUGCUGGAACAUUACUUAAGCUCCCCAAGGAAGGUACUGGUUACCCCCCUGCGCAAAGUCCGCGUGCAGCCCUUGCAGGAGCUCUGUCGGAAGAGCAUCGUGAAGACUUUUGGAAGAGAGAACUUAAACCAAAUCCCUCUCAAUCCUGUUUUAAAGGACUACCUGAAAUCCUUCCCAUUUCAGAUCUAAGUACAGCAUUAACUGUAUAGGGACGUGUGAGAGAUGCAUAAAGAAAUCCAGCCUUCUGGGUUUUUAAACAUGUUUGACAGUGAGCAAACUUAUUUUUGUAGCAACUUACUGUAUUUUGGGAUGCAACUUGAACACUUGACUUCUUAUGUUUACAAAAACUGUUUGCACAAACCUGGGGUUUUAAAACCCUGGCAUAAUUUUUCUGCCAAGCAGAGUAUCUUAUUAUUUUAUAAUAUUUUUAAUGCUAUUAAUGUAAUAAACUUUAUUGUGAAAGUUUUUAAAAAAAGAAUAGCAUCUCUGUUUUCAGUGCUAAGUACUCUGGUACCUAUCCUAUUAACAACCUCUAUCUGCUAUGUAUGUGAGUGCAGGUGACAGGCAGGUCUCCAUGGGGUCUGAUACCUUGCCUUGCUGAACAAGCUGUUAGAGCUGGUCCAGCAGAGGAUUCCUGCCCCAAAAAGAGCCUCAAACAAAGAUGCAAGCAAGCAGAUAGCAUGCUCAGGAUGAACUUGCCUAAAAAUCUAGCGCUCUCUUAAAUACGCAACAGCAGGAGCAGUAUGUUUAAGACUACAGCAGUGCCUAAGUUUUGAGGAGGUGAAUUAAACCCUCGACUGAGCUAAUUACACCAGUGCUGGCUUGCCUUGUAUCUAUUAAAAGCAACAAGGCUUUAAGCAAGAAAAGUUGCUGUCUGACAUAACCAAACCACAUGAAUAUCAGUGAGGAAGAAUAAAACUGUCCCAAACUGCUAUUCACAUGCACCUCAUAAGGCAGUGGACACUGUAUCAUUAUGAUGCACUGGGGGAAUGAUUUCUCUCUGUAACUCAACGUGUGCAAAAACAGCAAAGAUGCAGACAUCUUUAGACUUCAAAAAUGUAUUUCUUGCCUGAAAUUGCUGAUGUUCUACAGGGUACAGACGUUAUAGUUGAAAAGAAUUUAUGAUUUAACUCCUGAUGACAAGGCUCAGAGAGCACAAGCCCGUAGAUUUGCACCU